GAACGACUCAAGACUCUUGAAAAGCAACACAACCAUCUCGAACUUGAACGCUUACUAUUAGAUAUACUCUGACUUCUAUCCUACUCUUAAACACUCGACUCAUUGAACAUACGAUUUACGGAAAAGACCGCGUCCCGCAGAAAGCAUCAAGAUCCAACCAUGGCCGAAUUCCCUCCUCCAUCACUGCGGGGAAUCAUCGAGGAAGUAACCGGUCUCCUCAAAGAGAAACAAGAAACCAUCUCCGUGGCUGAAACGGCUGCUGGCGGCAUCAUCUCUGCCUCUAUCCUCUCGACUGCGGGGGCAUCAGCUAUCUAUAAGGGUGGAUUGACGCUCUACACCCUCGAAUCCCGCGUCGCCUUCGGCGGCUGGACAGAAGCCGAUAUCACGAACUACACUGGUCCCACACCAGCUAUCGUGGCCGGACUAGCUGACCAUGUCCGCGGCACAUUGAAGUCGACGUAUACCGUCAGUGAGAGUGGUACAGCAGGACCGACAGGCGGGCAGACUAAGGCGAGGACACCUGGCUACGUCACAUUAGCAGUAUCUUCUCCGUCUGGGACGUAUACGCGCGAAGUCGAUACGAAGACCAACGAUCGCGAAAAGAAUAUGGUUCUUUUCGCGGAGGAGGCGUUGAAGUUGGUUCGAGAUGUGAUUAAGGGGGAUGCGAAGUUGUAAUUUAGAUUACAUUUCACGGCUCUUUUCAGUCUUGGUGGAGUGAGGGAGAGAUGAUGAUUUAGUGAAUGGAAUCUCGAUAGCAAUGGUAGAUCGAGAUGGCUACAGAGUUGCAUAUGUUGCCAAGUUAAAAAAAAAAACGCAUAUCGAAUGCAUUGAUAUAUACCGCAA